AUGGAGAACAGAUUUAAAGAGUUGCAAUGUGCCUAUAUCAGGUCGUUGAUUAAUCUGCGAACUUCAUUAUCUAAAGAAGUGUCUACCUCUGUUUCUAGAAUCAGAAGACAAUUUCAACGAGCUCAAAAUGGUGUUGACAGCGAAGUCCGUCGCUUGCAGGACGAGAACGAAUCUUUAAGAAG